AUGACGGUACUAGUGGAAAACUUGAGGAAAGAGGUGGACCUUCUUGAUACCGCAGGUGCUUCCGCCUUCACUUCGAUUGCCACUGAGACAUCUGCUCUUCUUGAGGAUCUUCAAGAAUUGGAAGCGUCGCUUGAAGCGGAAAUCGAACAGAGCCGCAACACGGACGGCAAGAACGCAUCAACGCAAUUACCACUGGGCAAAAAGGCCAAGGUGUUAGCUACACCUCUUGCUGUGGAAUCUCUGUGCUCUAAGUGGUAUACUCUGUCGAUUUCAGCUCUUAAACGUUACAACCACCAAAUCAGUAAGUAUGUCAAAGUUGUGUCCAGCUCCAAGUAUCGCAUUGACCUUGAUACCGCAUACACCUUUCCCCUCAUGCUAGAUGCUUACCCGACAAAAGAAGAAGGGGAGCUUGUUUCGAAGACGGGAAACAAGCGGGAAUUGAUGAAAAGCAUCGUGAUGCAUUUGCUCAAAUCAGGCCAUGGCAGUGCUGUUUCGGCGCUUCUCGCAGACUGCCACAUGGAAAAUGAUGUUGAUCGGGACAUGUACCAGCAGUUCCAGCAGCUCAACGGUAUCUUGGACGAUAUCCAAGUGCGCCAUGACUUGAAUAGUGUAAUCGCUUGGCUAGAGACCCACAGCGAACGGCGCUCUGCUCAUAUGGACGAAAUUCUGUUUGAGCUACACAUGCUCCAGUUUGCACUCUGUUUGACGGGCGAAAAACAAGCAAACGCACACAUGAAGGCGUAUGUGUAUGCCCAGAAGCAUUUCCCCCGGUAUUUCAAAACACACGCCAGUGAACUUGCACCAGUGAUGACGCUUCUUGUCGACGAGCAAGAUGGUGGGAGUGAGUUUAGACGGAAAGUGGCGGCACAUUUUGCCCAUGAAGCAGCAUCCGGGAAACUUAAAAGCAAGUUUGUUGGGGACAUCUUGCAGCAUUUUGAAGAGCUCCACCUGCGGCCUGAACUCUUUGCACGCGUCGCCCAUGAGUUUGUUGCUGAAUUCUGUUCUGGGAUGGCUCUCUCCAGCGAGUCGGCAUUGUUUGAAAGCAUGCUUGCAGGUUUUGUGAAUUUACCCAAUUUCUACAAGUACAGUCAGCUCCAGAGACGUCUUUCACGGCAUGAUCCUGCCCCACAGGAGCUUCCGUUUCAACUUCCGGACAAGAACCACUUUUUGUUCAACCACCACCCGAUUUUCAUCUGCCCUGUUUCGAAAGAACAGUUGGUGCCACUCUCGGUUCGUGUUCCGGCGACGGACGAAGAUUUGCGGGAUCGCAAGCGGCGUGCGGUUCUUGUGUCUCCCACUGAAAAGUUGGUACCUAUGACGAAUCCAGUCGUUGUUUUUGAUCACUGCCGCCAUUUGGCCUUGAAGGACAGUGUUCGGAGCUUGACCAAAGGAGGCACAGAGGUGUUCAAGUGCCAUUACUGUUACAAAAAACACAAGCUUCUGGAAGUGAGUGAUGCAUACUUUAUUGAUCUAUGA